UAUUUGUCUGAUGUUACCAACGAUGAGAUCAAAGAGUUUUUCGGAAAGUGGGGUGUCAUUGUUAAUUUAGAAGUUCCCUUUGACAAAAUGAAAAAUCAGCGUAAAGGCUAUUGUUUCAUUACUGACGAAAAUAGCGACAAAGUUCAAGAUCUGUUAAAGAUCGCAAAAGAAAAUAUUAAAGGCAAAGAAGUUGAUGUAAAAAAAGCUAAUCCCAAAACAUCAAUUGGUCGAGGUGCUGUUCGCGGAGCUUAUUCACCUCACGGCUAUGAUAACUACGGCGGUGCUGCAUACCCUGGAUAUGAAGCUGACCACUAUGGAAGUUAUGGCUAUGUGGGGUAUAAUUACGGUUAUGGUUAUGAAGCACCUCCAGCUCCAGUUUAUGCUGCCAGAGGACGAGCUGCAUGUAAUGGCGUCGGAAAGGCAAGAGGUCCGUCCCGAAGACCACGAGCCAGAUAUACUCCAUAUUAA